GGUGUCCAGAUCGCCCGUCUCUUCACCGCGCUUCACCGCGUCCGCUUCACCGCCAUGCCGAGCGACCACUACGAUGAGCUGGGCUCGGCGGCCUCGGGCGCCUCGGGCGCUGCGAUGGAGGAUUCAGAGACUGACCGCCAGACCCGCACAGGUCCAGGAGAUCGAGUAUUCGGAUGACGAGGUACCCCAAAAGCCGCAGGAAGUCUUCAGUGAGACUCAUGCCUUUGGGGAGACCUUUGGUCUCCUGCAGCUAUUGCAGUCAGAGGUCGUGGUCUUGAGACAAUCCUUUGAGAUCCUCAACAAAGCCAUGGGCGACGACAAAGGGAUGGUGGGCGAUGCCAUCUACUCCAGCCUUGCAGGGGCAUUGAUCUCCAUUAAGGACAAGUUCAGCACACCACGUUCCUUGAUGUCUAUGCGCCUCUACAAUGGCUUCCGAUUGUUGUGUGACAAGUGUGAAGACCCCGAGGAGAUGAAAAGCUAUGUCGAAACCUUGGCCUUUCGACACUUGGGCUAUGAGAUCACCGAGAUGCGUGUGGAGGCUGUGAAAGACGCCUUUGGCGAACUCCUGCAGCAGAACGCCACGGACUCACCGCCUGGCAGCAUCGCCGCCUGGCGGCAAGUGCUCAGCUACACGGGCUCCGCCUACAGCUUCGUGAGCACUAGCUACGGGGAGCGGCUGAAAGUGAUCCGUGAGGAUUGGGACUCCGUGCAGUCAGCGGCGGAAGCGGACGACGAGGACGAGGCGGUGGUGAGGAGCUUCGGAAAGAUGUGCGCCUUCAGCAAUCAGGUCAUGGGACAAGAGACGGAGAAUUGGAUGGAAGAACUCCUGGAGGUCUUCCAUGUCCUGGUGGAACGGAUCUCUAACCCGAGCUUAUUGCAAGAAGAGUGCGAGUUGCUGGCCAUCAGCGUCAGCAAGUCCAAGGAGAUCGACUUUGGAAAGUUCAAGCCGGUGAUGAUGGCAGCCUUGCGUUCUUUGCUGCCCAAGACCUGGAGCACUUCACAUGAAACGGCAUGGGAGUGGCUUUGGCAAACCAUUGCCCGGAACCUCAAAGAAGCCACAGCCAAGGUGCGUAUGUACAAGCCCUACAACGCCCACUUGUUCUCAGUCCUUGGGGACGAGCAGCUUGAGCACUUCAGAAGUACCAUCUAUACGCACUUCUUCUCGAAGUGUGCUGCCUCCCAAGACUUGUUCAAACAGUCCCUGACUCGUCUCCGUUACAUCGCUGAUCGGGUGCUGCAAAGCUCCUAUGACAUGUUCCACAAGCCCAAGAUCGAGAUGGUCGACGAGCUGUCAGCGCUGGGUUUACGCCAUGUCGGCUAUGGUGUUCCCAUCGAGCUCUUUGGGCCCUUCGCCGACUCCUGCGUGGAGGUGAUCAAACCCGUCAUCGAUGCUUUGCCUGAAGGCAAGGCGUUGGCGGCGAGUGGCGAUGCUUUUGGGCUGUCUCCCAAGAACGACUCUCCCAUGGUGCCGACGAAGAGCGGCUCCGGAGAUGCUGCGCACCUGAUGCUCGAGGGCUUCCGCUGGUCUAUUGGAUUGGUCUCUCGGGUCCUGGUCCGGACCAUCAUCGAAGGCUCCACGGCGGUGAUGCAGGCCAUCCACCAGGCGGACCCCAAGCGCUUGCGCCGGGCGCUGCGCGAGGCUCCGCGCAGCGAGCGCUUUACCUGGCAGCUGAGCGUGCGCGUGGGCAGUCAAUCGAUUUCACCGCUCUAUUGGGCCUUGCGAAGUGGGGCUCACAACGUGGCCAAGACCAUGAUCCAAGAUGUGUUGACCAUCCGCGCAGACCGAGACAACUACUACUAUGGGGUGAAUGAUCUCUUCCGACUUCAGCCAGAUGUGGUCGAGAACAUCCUCCGCGAGGCGCCGCAGUUGGCAGAGAACUUCUUGGAUGGCCUCAUUUGGCGCUCCCACAAGACGCUGGAGGGAUGGCGCCCAGUGAUCUACUACCUGGAGCACUUGCUACAAGACAUGGAUGAGAACAAGACGAUCUCUCGAGCUCUCAAGAGUUUUGUGAAGUUCAAUCAUCCCAAGACCAUUAUGCACCCCAUCCUUACCUUCACACUGGACAUGCUUUGGGAACGAUUAGCCAUGCGAAUCUUUCUGAAGGAUCAGGUUCUCACGCUCAUCAACUUUGUGCUUUUCCUGCUGAGCGCCUGCGUUCUCAAUCACUUUGACAGUGAUGCCUCGAAGUACUGCUUGGCAGUGGUCCGGUUGCUAGUCUACAUCAUGGGCUUUGGGAAGCUACUCUACUUGCACUCAGAAGCAAUGGUGAAGGCCUUUGCAACCGGUUCCUUCAAGAAGGUGGGUCCUUUCAGCGUGCCGCAGUACUUGACGAAUGGGCCAGACUUCAUAGGCUUGCUGCUCAUGCUGGACAUGAUGGCGAUGCUCACGGUGGAGCCGAUGGUUCGAUGCCUCGGCGCCGACAAUCAGCUCCUUCGCUUCACCUGUGAAACCUGGACCGAAGGCAUGAGCUUCGCCUAUGAGACCUUCAUUGUGGUGGGCAUCUUUUUCUACACCCUCCUGGUGCUGGAGCUCGCGUCCGUGUCCAUUGAACUCUCAGAGUAUCGAGUUCUUUGCUUGAACGCGGUGAAGCAAGUGCUCAUUUGUGUUGGAGCCGUGUUCAUCACCGUUUGUGCCUUCACCUUUGCAAUCGUAGCGGCCGAUCAUGAACUGGCACGCUUGAGCGCUCACGAGUGGGACAGCUUCGGUUCGAUCAUGGCCAUGCUGAUUGAGAUGGUGGUGGGCGUGUUGGAUCUUCAAGUCCUUCAUGAGCUGAGUGUCGAGAGUCCUUUCAUUCUACUCCUCGUCAUUCUUUUCAUGUUGAUGGUCUACAGUUUUCUCUUCAACUUGCUGAUCUCCCAGUUCUGCGGUGUUUAUAACUCUUUGGCGGGCGACAUCAAGGGUUAUGCCCGCCUGGCACGGGGGCUGAUCAUCUUGGACAGUCUGAAGGAUUUGAAGGUGGAGCGCUGGAAGGCAUUUGUGGAGUCGUUGGACCUGCAGCGGAGGGUAGACUUCGAGGAGGGUGAUUUGGGUUUGGCCGGUGGCGUCAAGACCCUUGAGCCUGCCCUCGACCACCCAGUGGCCAAAGAUCCGAUCAUCAGGUUUGGGGGCCAGCCGGACCCCGCAUUGCCCUUUCCAGAGAAGAAGAUUGUGGAUGAGGAGGGCAGCAUGGAACGAACCAUACAGACCACGAUCCGGAAGUCCCUGGAAAAGAUGCUCGGGAAGAGGUUGGCAAGUGAUUACGACUCCGCAGACAAGAGUAGUAGUUACCACAGCAGCAGCCAUCGAAGUGAAAUGUGAAAGUAGCAUUUGUAGGCCAGAUAGAAACAUUACUUGCUUGCACCUGCACACGAUGACACGAUGUUUGUGCAACAUAAUGUCAGAUCCUGAUUAGUAAUAGGGGGGGGCCACCUUUUACUGAUCAGGAUCCAACAUUAUAUAUGGAAACAGUCUUGCACUUCGUCAACUCAGUGAAUGCAAAGCACCUGAGUCGCGAAUACCAACUUUUAUAUACCCGGUUUGAGCACCCACAGACUCACAAAAGUGCCUUGGAGUGCCACAAGUCUUCCGCGAGGGGCGCGAAGGCGCUUUCCCGUCUGUUCAGCGAAGAAUGGGUUCAGGCACACUUCUCGCUGACCCGUUUUGGAACGCACUCACUUUGGUCGAAGUACACGAGCGAGAUCAGGAGUCAUUCUUGGGGCUUGAAUGCUCAUGAGUGC